UACAGAUGAAUUCUGGGAUAAGCUUCCUUCUUGCCACGUUGAUAUGCAGACUGACGUGUAGAUACUUAAGUGUAACAAUAAUACGUGUUCCGAUAGAAGUUUUACCUAUAUUAUGUCAUAGAUGAACAUUGACUCUUACAAUUAGCCUUGACUAAGUAACCAACAGACCACAAAACAGUUACAGAGAUGAAGGUGAAAGAAAUUGAGAGGACUGCCAAUGUGGCCUGGUCCCCUGCUCAACAGUAUCCAAUUUACAUGGUGGCAGGAACAGCUGCACAGCAACUAGAUGCCACAUUCAGCACAUCAGCAGCUCUGGAGGUUUACCAUCUGAAUCUAGCAGAUUCUUCUUUAGACAUGCCAUUAGUUUCAUCAAUACCAUCAGAUUGCAGGUUCCAUAAAGUUGUUUGGGGUUCCCAUGGUAUGGCUGAUUCGGAUCGUUCCUCGGGAGUCGUCGUUGCCGGGGCAGACAAUGGAAGUGUUUACUAUUAUGAUGCUGCAGGUUUAAUUAAGGGAGAUGAAGAUUGUCUAAUGUUCAAAAACAACAAGCAUGUUGGAGCUGUGAAGGCUUUAGAUUUUAACCCAUUUCAGACUAAUCUUCUUGCCUCUGGAGCAUCAGAAUCAGAGAUAUAUAUAUGGGACUUGAAUAAACCAGAUAAUCCUAUGACACCUGGAGCAAAAUCUCAGCCCCCAGAAGAGGUUGCCUGUGUAGCAUGGAACAAGCAGGUUCAGCAUAUCUUGGGGUCCACUUUUGCAGCUAGAUGUGUAGUCUGGGAUUUAAGGAAAAAUGAACCCAUCAUUAAAAUCAGUGAUAGUAUGUCACGGAUAAAAGCAAAAAUUGUGAGCUGGCAUCCUGAUGUUGCCACGCAGCUAUGCUUGUCUUCAGAGGAUGACCACACGCCUGUUAUACAACUGUGGGAUCUACGAUAUGCUACAUCUCCUGUCAAACAGCUCGAAAACCACACCAGAGGUGUGCUAGAUAUAGCAUGGUGUCCACAAGAUCCUGACUUGCUACUAAGUUGUGGAAAAGACAACAGAAUCUUAUGUUGGAAUCCUAACAGUAGUGUCCAAGGAGGAGAGGUUGUUUAUGAAUUGCCUACAAGUAAUCAGUGGUGCUUUGAUGUGAAAUGGUGUCCCCGAAAUCCAGCAGUGAUUUCCAGCUCUUCAUUUGAUGGACAUGUGACUGUGUAUUCCCUGAUGGGUGGAGGGCAUCCAAUCCACCAAAAUGACAAGGUUGCAGAUGCUUUCCAUCCUAAUGAUCCAUUUGCACAAACUAGUGCACCAUCUGAGACUUCGCAGAAUGUGAUGCCUCUUCAGAAACCACCCAAAUGGUUAAGGAAACCUGUAGGAGCCAACUUUGGGUUUGGGGGUCGUCUUGUAAGCUUUGACGUUACAAAAUCUCUGAAUCCACAACAGCCUUCCCCUAAGGCUGUGUACAUCAGCCAAGUAGUCACAGAGGUCGAUUUACUACAGAGAUCCCAUCAGCUAGAGCAGGCCUUAGAAAAUGGGCAGUAUGUGGAGUAUUGUGCCAUGAAAUCUGCCAACUGUACAGAUCCUCUGCAGGAAAAUAUAUGGAACUUCCUUAGAGUCAAUUUUGAAAAAGAACCAAGAGAACAUUUUAUUCAGCUUCUAGGAUAUGACAAGACAGAUCUGGCUAAAAAGGUGUCAGAACAUGUAGGCGUGGGUCAGGACAGUGGGGUGGAUGCCCAGAUUCUGGCACAGAAAAUGUCACAGCUGAGCCCUGAGGACCUACAACAAUCGGGACUACAGGCCUCAGCUCAGGGCUCUCCAGUUGUCGGGUCUAAGACACCUGUGGGUCAAGAUGAAGCUGCCUCAGCAUUCGAUGAUAUAGCUUUAUCCCAGAGUAGUAAAUCUAGGGACACGGAACGAGAACCGCUUAAGCCACUGGUCAUACCCACAGACCAAGAUGCUGAUGGACUUUUAAGUCAGGCAUUGCUGACUGGAAACUUUGAAGCUGCAGUAGAAAUAUGUUUAUGUGAAAACAAAAUGGCUGAGGCCAUUAUUUUGGCAAUAGCUGGAGGGCCAGACCUCCUCAGUCGAACACAGAAAAGAUUUUUCCAACAGAGCAAGUGCAGCAUUGGAAGGCUGAUAUCUUCAGUGGUUACCCAUGACUGGUCACAUAUAGUAGGAACCUGUGACCUAUCCAACUGGAAGGAAGCUCUGGCCCUGAUCUUAACCUAUGCCUCUACUGAUGAAUUCUCCACACUGUGUGACACAUUGGCAGACAGACUUGAGACUGAGAAUGAAGGACAUCUGAGUGUGUAUGCCAGCCUGUGUUACAUCUGUUCUGGUAAUGUAGAAAAACUCUUAAAGAACUGGUAUGAAAACUCAGAAGGAAACAACACUCCACUUGAUUUACAGGACAUGGUGGAGAAAGUGAUGUUGCUGAGGAAAGCUGUGGAGGUCUCCCGAGGGCAGGUGACAGACAUCAGUGGGGGACUGCUGGCUGAGAAGAUGAAUGAUUAUGCUAGUCUUCUAGCAGCUCAGGGCAGUCUGGAUACAGCUGUCAGAUACCUAGGAAACUCCACAGAUGCAAAUCUCAUGAUCUUGAAAGAUAGACUAUAUAACUCAUUAGGAGCUCAGGGAACACAGUGCCCAUUCCAGAAGAUUAACGUAUUACCUGCAGGUGCCCCUCAGUCCCAGCAGAGAGCUACCCAGGCUCAGAGACAAACUGGUCAAGGUGGGACCCAUCAGACACAGGCCAAGGGAUCAUUUGGAACUGUGACCACACCCAGCAGUUCUUACAACAAUCCAAUGAAUUACACUACACCUUACUCCCACAUGAAUGGGACAACAUCACAGCCUUCUUUCUUUAAUCCAGCAGCAAAUGUUGCUCCGAAGACCCCUCCAUCUAGUACUGGAGCUAUGUCUAAAGGCCCACUAUCACAUAAGUACCCCUCCUACCCUACAACUACAUCUGCCUAUGGAAUGGACACUUAUUCAUCAGGAGGAUAUCAGUCUAGCAGUCAGCCAUACAAUCCAGUACCUACAUAUGAUCCUUUUUACCACAGUGGAAUGGGAGCAUCUACUCAGCCAUCAAACCAGCCAACCAAUCUGUAUCAACCUCCCUCCAAUCCAGGUUCUGCCUCCUCUAUGGUUCCACCUGUGAGUGACUACCAAAAUGUGCAUUCCUUUAUGCACAAUCCACCCUCCUCAGCCUGGAAUGAUCCCCCGCUCCUUAAAGAGAAGAAGUCUAAGAAUCCUUCAGUACAGUAUGAUGGGACUGCAAUAACAAGCCCGAUGUAUGGAAACACAGUACCUCAGGAUCCUAGACAGGCAGGAGGGGCCACAAAUUAUAACCUGUACAAUCCCCAGGAACAUCAGCUAGAAGUACAGCCCACCCGUCCUCUGCAGACAUUCCAAAAUCCCCCUGCUCCUACUGGCCCUCAGCAGAAGGCAGCAGCCUCUGUUGCCCCUCAAGAACCUCCCAAACCAGUAGAGAAAGGACCAAUGCCCUCAGAGCACAAAGUUGUACAGGACAUCUUUAGCAGUCUUGUACACAACUGUUCGAAUGUAGCAACUAAUGCACAAAUGAAAAGAAAGUUAGACGAUGUUUCUAAAAAGCUGGAACUUUUGUAUGACAGAUUACGAGAUAAUAGUCUGUCAUCUUCGGUGACCCUGGGCCUACAUCAGAUUGUACAAUCCGUGCAACAGUAUGACUACAAUACCGCCCUCCAAAUCUACACACAGAUGGUCAGUCAAGGGAACUUCUCAGAAAUCAGCAGCUUUAUGCCUGGACUCAAAAUGUUAAUACAAUCAGCAAUGCAAAUGAAUGUGUAUGUACAAGCACAUUAGCCCUAUGUUAGUUAGUAUUAUUGUCUUAUAGUAUUUACACAUAUGUUGUGAAUUGACCUGCUGCCAAAGAAGGAGUUGGAAUAAGCCUAUUUAGGCACAUACAUACACAACGUACAACUUAAAAGUUUGAGACCGAACCAGAAAUCUUGUUGAUCAUGAUCUGUUAUAUUAACCAUAUGACAUUAAACAGGACUUGACCCCCUGAACAUGGACUGCUUUUAUAUGUAGCUGUAACAUAGAGAAAAUAUGAAAUUGUUGAAUUUUAGAUUCUAAAUAAACAGAUCAUAAAUGAGAAGACUAUAAUUGAUUGAAAAAUGGGAAAACUAUGAGUGCUGAAAUGGACUUACCGUGACUCCUUCCAUAUGAAGAUACACGAAAUACUAGAAGGUUUUAUGUGAUACUGCAUCAAUGACUAAUGUAAUAUAAUUAUAUACAUGUCAUAAAAUGUUCCAAUGAUUCAGUCUGAAACAGGAAAGUCGUGUAGAUAAACAGUAUGUAUGAACUUCUUGUACUGUUGCACAUUAACUUAUAUUUAUUCAUGUGAUGUUGAUAGCAUAUUAAAUAUGUCAGACCUUGAAAGUGUAUAUACAUUUAUAUGAAUAUGAACAACCAUCACUUUUUAAUUAUAUUGGCAGCCCAGAUUUCUUUGUGUUGAUUUUAAUUUCAUGCUAUUGUUGGGGCUUUAAGAGUCUAUUUCAAAGGGAUGUGGAGAGAAGUUUUUCUAGUCAUUCUAUAUGAUAGCCCUGCACAUAACAUUUUUAUUUCUAGAUGUGGCAUUGAGAUUACAGUACAUACACAUGUGCAAGUGCCGUAGGAAUGAAAUCAAUGCACUCGAAUAAUUCUUUGCAGCUAAAAAUUGUCAUUCAUUUUAGUUAGAAAAAGCUAUUUAAUGAUGGACAUUUGGUUUAAUUCAUUGUGAAUGGCCAUUUUAAUGUUUAAUGGUUAUUAAGUUGUUUUUAUUGUUUUUGUUUAUUUUCAACCUGAACAUAAUGCAAAAAACAAAACUGGGUGUAGAAUAGUUUUGAUACUGUAAGCAUGACUCUAAUGAAAAUUUUUCUGAUUGGCUGCUGUAAAAGUAAAAUUGGAUAAAAAUAAAACAGUAUUUACA